GCACACACACACACACGUUAUUUGACAACUUGUCUCUGGAGCCAAAGUUCCUCGCAUAUAACUAUCUGCAUGCCUGCAUGCACGCAGUGUGUAUUGAACACGCACGACCACGAUCUAAUGAAUAUUCAUCGGCGAGACUGACGUCAUUUUACGAGUCUCCUUUCAAACUUGGAUCAUAAGUGCCUACCGUAGAUUUACAAAGACAUCUCGUCCUUUCAGUGCAGAGUUAAUUUCAUCGACUUGCAAAUCCUCAAAUCGGUCCCAUCUCGCCGGCGCUCUCAGUCGAAAUCUACUAAGUAGAGGGAGAUCUAUACCGCACUGGUCAUUGCCUCUGCUCUGGUCAGCUCUGCAGAAUUAAAAGCUAAAUUUGCUGAUGAAAGUCGAGCCCGAGAACAGUCAUCGAUUCAAGAUAAAGACAGACAAGUCACAAAGUCUGACAAAACCAUUCUUCGUAGUUCGUGUUCGUCCCAGUUUCACAGCUCAGACUCUGAGCCUCAGUCAGAGUCAGACUCACUCAGUCACACACAGCUGCAUGCUGCAUCAACAGACUUAUCUCACUCAGCUCAGUCGUCAGUCUGUGGUUUAUACCGUCCGGUAUUAUAUUUUCUUGAUGCUCAAGUGAUUGUAAGUCAGUGCAGUGCUCUUGAUGAUGGAGUCUGAAAGCGAAAAGAUGGAGUGUUUUGCAGUGUAUUCACCUACGAGCCUGCCAGUUCCUGUGAAUCUAAGCUCGGCACUUCUCCUCCCUUCUCCAUUUCCUGAAAUGGUGGCAGUGUUUGUUAUCUCUUCAGAAUCAACGCAUGAAGAUCUAUCCCUAAAGGCAACAAUUGUAAAUCAUGCCAAUACGGCAGACAGUUUUGAUCUGGGAUCAAUCACACAGGAUAGCAGAGCAUUCUGCUGGCAACCACACCAAGCCAAAGACUUCACCGUUCCACUGGAAGAACACAGCUACCACCUCCACCUUGAUACAGCCAAACAGGAAGCCGAUCAGAGAGUCGAUCAGGAAGAAACCGAGAUGGAGUCUUCACAGACAGAUUCUCAAGACAUUACAGAAUCUCAGGAAGUCACAGACUCACAACCAGAAGCAGAAAGAUUGUGUUCCACAGUGGCAACAUCUUCAAGUCCUUUUGUUGAAAGAUCAUUAAAAGACCCCAAACAAAAUGAGGAGACUCCUCAGCUCCAAGUUCAAGGAACUCCACACCGCCCUCCUCACCUCUCCCACUCCGCUAGCAAGAAGAGGAAAACAAAACAUGGAGAGGACAGUGAUGUGGGCACCCCACCUAGCACCAGGAAGCGACAGUCAUCAAGGCAGAGGCCAUUACUGCCCAUGUCAUCACCACUAUCGUCUAAAGUUGACAAACAAAAUUCAGCAAACCCAAAACGUCCUCAGAAUCCAGGAGUGAAGAAAGAAAGUGAUACAGAGCCUAGUUCCCGAUGGGGUCAUACCCUGUGUAACAUAGGCAACCACAAGUGCUUGUUGAUUGGUGGUCAAGGGCACAGACAGACCAUCAGCAGGGAUGCAAUAUGGAUGCUCAAUACAGAAACUGGUGGCUGGACCGUGCCAGAGAUAGAAUCAUCUUCUGACAAGUUCCCCUCCCGCAUGGGUCACACUGCGACCUUUGACCGUGACCUUAACAGUGUGUUUGUCUUUGGGGGAUCCAAGAACCUUCGGUGGUUCAGUGACAUGCACAUCUUGGACCUUGCAACGAUGAAGUGGUCACUUGUUGAGGCUGCUGGUGAAGCCCCUACCAGAGCAUAUCACUCUGCAACGUUCUUCCGCAAUGAGCUCUAUGUCUUUGGCGGUGUAUAUCCUAACCCUGACCCACAACCUGAUGGAUGUAGUAAUGAUGUUGUCAUCUUCAAUCCAGAAUCAAAGAGUUGGUAUAAGCCAGUAACCAUGGGAACCAAACCUAAACAGAGAUCAGGCCAUUCUGCCACACUACUUGGAGAUCAGCUGGUUAUCUUUGGAGGCUGGGAUGCUCCUAUAUGCUACAAUGAUCUUCAUAUAUUGGACCUCUGUCUAAUGGAAUUUACAUCCCCAAAGAUGAUUGGCACACCACCUUCCCCAAGGAGUUGGCAUGCCUCCAUUGCUUUACCUGGUAAUAAGGUUCUUAUUCAUGGAGGAUACAAUGGAAAUGAAGCCUUAUCUGAUUCAUUCAUCUUUCACCUUGAUACCUAUACUUGGAGCGAGGUGAAGCUGCACUCCCGUGUGCCAGUAGGGAUCAGAGCAGGCCAUGCCAUCACAUGUUACCAUGGUAACAAGAGUGCAUCAAAAGACGAAAAGGAAAACCAUAUGCCCUUGGUGGAGUCUCUUGCUAUCUUUGGUGGAGGUGAUAAUGAGGAUAAUUUCUUUGGUGAUCUGGUCCCAUUCAGCUGGACAUAUUCAAAUUUCUUAGAUUUCUAAAUACUUUAUUGUCUACCUUUCAGGUUUAUUUCACUGUUAACUGCUUGUUUUUUCUUUCCUUUUUAUUUUUUGAUCAUCUGAAAUGUCAUUCUCUUUCAACAUAUGUUUUGGUUACCAUUGUUAUGUAUAUGAUUUUUCUAUUUUCCUUGUCUGUCACAUUCCAUUAAGUGUUUUGUUAUUCUUUGAGUCAUGGGUGGUUUCCUUAUUCUACACUUGUGCAUUUGUAUAUUAUUUACUGGUGUUACUAUUUAGUUUGUAUAAAACUUUAAUCAAAGUAGCUUCACUAUUUACUUUUCAUUAUUAGUAAAGUAUUAACCUUGGAAAUCUUGAUUUGUUAUUGGCUGUCGAUUCAUUGGUACUAUUCUACUAUUUGUGCCUUAAUGAGCCUUUUCUCAUGGAUUUGGGUCUAGAAAAAUUGAAUGCUCAUCUUGGGCCUGUAAUACAAAAAAACUCAGAUGAUUUGCAGGUUUGAUUGCAAACAGUGACAAAUGUUAUCAAGCAUAAAAGGUAACCCUACUAUCAAGUGCUAUUAAAGCGAUAUCGUACAGGCUCAGAAUAGAGGAGUACUGUCAGUUGGAUUUAGGUAUGCUGCCCUAUACUGUUCACUUUAUGCUGAUGUGUCAGUUACCAUGUCCCACAAUGCAUCAUUGAAUGGAUGACAUGAGCUUGGUGUGAUUAAUAUUGACCUGUCUAUGUGUAUGUCUUCAUUGAGAGAUGUAUGGAAUCAUCACAGCUGUGAUAUUCCAUAUGAGUAGAAUAACCUGCCUAUAAAGUGUGAAAUGGUAGCUACCUUCGUUUGAAAAUGAUCAAAGAUUUUCACAUUGAAACGGAUUCAUGAAUAUUCAUUACUUUGAUCAGUAUAUACUCAGGCAUUGACUAAUUGUGUUUUGUGUGUUUUUACCUCAUUAUGUGUGUUGUCAUUAAAUAAUAUGUACAUAUGUUGUGUGAUUAGAUUAAUAUAUCUAUUCAACCAAUCAAUCCGUAAUAGUGAUUAUUACAUGAUACAAAUAAAAUGUAAACCUUAAUAUAUUUUUUAUAAACUCCCCCAACUUUGUCAUCAGAAAUUCACGCUUGCACCCAGGGUUUCAUAAAGCUAUUAGUAAGUUACACAUAUAGUGAUCUUUUCUUAUGCUAAAUGAUGUACCCUAAAGGCUUGGUCCCACUUCACUUACGGAUGCAAAGCAAAAGCAAUGCAAAUUUUUUUAAAUCUUGCCAUCCGUUGGAAAACGCUAUGCAUCCGUUGUGUACUCAUUGCAUAUGUGUUACAUAUGCUCUAUAUCCAUCGAGCAUCCGUCCACUGUGAUUUCAUUAUUCGCCAAAUGUUUUCCAUUUGUGGAGCGGAUGAAAACGGAUUGAGCCAGCCCAAAAUUUUGCUUGUCCAUUGUAUCCUUUAUGCAUACGUUUCGUGUCCGUCGGCCAGUGGGACCAGGCCUUUAAAUGAAAGAAUUCCAAUACAGAAAUAUCAGAUUCAAAGUGAUUUAGAUUUGGCACCAAGAAAAGGUCACCAGAUUACAUAAGAUCUAAUCCCCCCCCCCCCCCCCCCCCCCGUAGAUGGUGACAUAUUUUAUAGCAAUCUACCAUUCCAUUAGUUUCCAUGUCAAGUGUUUGUAAUAACUAAUAUCUAGCAUUAUGAAUCAGAUGAAAUUAUAAUUCUAAUGAAAUCACAUUUACUAUUGAGUGCCACAUUGGUAUUAUUUAUUUGUGGAGGUAAAUAUCUGCCACAGAUUGUAAAUAGUCGUAUGUAAUUAGUGGUUGGUCACACUAUCCUUGUAAUCGUUUGUUACGAUUUUCUCUGUAAAAUUUUCAGAAGAAAAUGUCUUAGACAUAGUUUUGUAUAUUUAUUGUAUAACUGUGAUUGGGUUUUGGCAAAUAAUAAAAUGACUGAUGAAUAAA